UUUGCUCUUCCUUUUUGUCUUAAAAGCCUCUUCCAAGCCAUGAAUCAAACCCUUUAUUCUCUUUUGUUGUUAAAUCUUCAAGGCUUUUGGUUGCUUGUUAUUAUCACUUGCUUUAUCAUUAUGAUUACCAAAGCCCAAAGACCUAACUCUAUUGAGAAAUAUUCCAAGAAACAAAGACCAAAACUCCCCCCAGGUCCCAAACCAUGGCCUAUAAUUGGAAACCUUCCUGAAAUGCUUGCAAACAAACCUACACAUAGGUGGAUACAUAAGCUUAUGAAAGAAAUGAACACCGAAAUUGCAUGUAUCCGCCUAGGAAAUGUCUAUGUUAUCCCAGUGACAUCUCCCACCAUUGCUACUGAGUUCUUGAGAGAACAAGAUGCGACUUUUGCAUCAAGAUCAGUAAGCAUGUGCACUGAUCUCGUUAGUAGCGGGUAUUUAACAACAAUUCUAGUGCCCUUUGGAGACCAAUGGAAGAAAAUGAAGAAAAUCUUAAGCAAUGCUUUGCUUUCUCCACACAAGCACCUAUGGCUCCGUGAGAAAAGGACUGAAGAAGCCAACAACCUUAUGUUUUACGUCUACAACAAAUGCAAAAAUGUGAACGAUGGUGUUGGUGGCCUUGUGAAUGUAAGGAGUGUAGCAAGGCAUUAUUGUGGUAACGUGAUUAGGAAAAUUGUUUUCAAUACGAGGUAUUUUGGGAAGGGUAUGAAGGAUGGAGGGCCUAGUUUUGAGGAAGUAGAACAUGUUGAUUCCAUCUUCGUUUUGCUCAAGUAUGUUUACGCCUUUUCUAUUUCUGAUUAUAUGUCAUGCUUGAGGGAACUAGACUUGGAUGGCCACCAAAAGAAGUUGAAGGAAGCUUUGAGGAUCAUCAAGAAGUACCAUGAUCCCAUCGUUCAAGAAAGAGUUAAACAAUGGAAUGAUGGAGCAAAGGUUGAUGAAGAGGACUGGCUUGAUAUUUUGAUCUCCUUGAAAGAUGCCAAUAAUAACCCAUCAUUGACAUUAGAGGAAAUCAAUGCACAAAUUAUAGAAUUGAUGAUUGCAUCAGUGGACAACCCAUCAAAUGCUUUUGAAUGGGCACUUGCUGAAAUGAUAAACCAACCCAAGAUGCUUCAACAAGCCAUUGAAGAAUUGGACGGUGUGGUAGGAAAAGAGAGGCUGGUUCAAGAAUCAGAUAUACCAAAGCUCAAUUAUGUCAAGGCUUUGGCACGAGAAGCUUUUCGCCUUCAUCCCAUUGCACCUUUUAAUCCUCCCCAUGUAUCUAUGAGUGACACAAUUGUGGGCAAUUACUUCAUCCCAAAGGGUAGCCAUAUAAUACUAAGCAGACAAGAGCUUGGGAGAAACCCAAAAGUGUGGAAUGAACCUCAAAAGUUCAAACCAGAACGCCACCUCAAGGGUGAUGGUUCUGAUGUAGUUUUGACAGAGCCAAAUUUGAAGUUCAUAUCAUUCAGCACAGGAAGACGUGGUUGUCCUGGGGUGAUGCUUGGCACCACAAUGACCGUGAUGUUAUUUGCAAGAUUGCUUCAUGGCUUCACUUGGAGUGCACCAUCCAACAUUCCAACAAUAAACCUUGCUGAAUCCAAAAUUGAUAUCUCUCUAGCAGAGCCACUUGUGGCAGUUGCUAAGCCAAGAUUAGCACCAGAGCUAUAUCACUUUUAA